AUGCACAACGGCGUCACGUUCCAGCCCAUGGACAUCAAAGCUCUCGUAUCAAACGUGUACGAUGGUGCCGGUGUCGAAACUGUCUUCACGGGUGCGCGCUAUAACGGUGGCGAUGACGCUACGGAUGCGUAUGGUCGACACACGAACGCCGCUUACCGCGACAUGAAUCCUGCGUACUUCCACAUUGCGGCUGCCAACAUCCUGGGUAAGCUAAACGCCACUUUUGUGAUCGAUGUUGACGCCGGUGCGGAGGUGUGGAACCAGCCUGUGCGUGGUUUCAAGGUGUUCGAGCAGACGGCCAUGUCGCUCGAGGAAGCCGCUCAAACCUUUUAUGGUCUCGCGGCAUACCCGUUCAAUAGUGCUGCCAAAAGUAUUGUGUACGUCAAGUCGCGACUGUCGUGGAUCUACGAGACGUACACGGAUGGCGGGCUCGUGUCCUCGGGCCAGAUCAACCAGUUCAGGUACUAUUACUAUCUGCUCGAGCUGGACGACGCAGGUCAGAUCAUCGGAGGCGAAUGGGUCUACACGUCGGACAGCGACCUCCCGGACUUUUUGUGA